AUGGGUGCCGCGGAGGUGGUGGUGACGAGCGGGUCCUGGGCGGCGAGCGAGGCUGCGGCUCAGUUCUGCCCCGCGCGGAUCGGUGCGGUGCGAUCCCCGGCGCGGUGCCCGUGCGCCUGCCUGUCGGCGGUGGCAGGGGCGCCGGCUCCACCUGGGCAGUCCAGACUCUAUUCUGCUUUCGUGCAGCCCAGCGGAGGACUCUUAAGUAGUCGCUGCCGCUGGUUCCAGGGCCCGCCCCGGGACGCGUUCAUUGGCUGGGGCGAGUGCCCAGGCCCCGUCAAUCUCCGCCAGAGGGGGCGGGGUGCAGGGGCGGGUCUCCGGUGCGCGCCCCGCCCCGCCCCCGCGCACCGGAGCGCGCGCCGCCCUCCGGAGCGAGGUGUGAGCGCCUGCCGGGAGCGCGCGCCUCCGCGCCCAGCAGCUGCUGCUACCGAUCGUAACUGA